AUGUUCCUACUGUUGUUGGGGAUCCUGUUCCUCCACGUCGCUGUGCUAGUGUUGCUCUUCAUCUCCACCAUCAUCAGCCGAUGGCUCGUGGGCAAUGGACGCACCACUGAUCUCUGGCAGAACUGUACCAUGACCUUCUCUGGAGCUGUCCAACGUUGCUCCUCGCCAUCAGCGAGCAAAUGGCUGCAGUCUGCCCAGGCCUCCAUGGUCCUGUCUGUCAUCUUCAGUGUCCUGUCUCUGUUCCUGUUCUUCUGCCAGCUCUUCACCCUCACCAAGGGCAGCCACUUUUACAUCACCAGAUUCUUCCAGAUCCUUGCUGGUCUCUGCGUGAUGAGUCCAGCGGCCAUCUACACAGUGAGGCACAGAGAGUGGCAGGCCAACACUGAAUACUCCCGUGGCUUCGCCUACAUCCUGGCCUGGGUGGCCUUUCCCCUGGCGCGCCUCAGUGGCAUCGUCUACGUAAUCCUACGGAAACAUGAAUGA